AUGCUAAAGUUUGGCAUAAAACUACUACAGGAUAGAAAGUCAAGAGAGGUCAAAAAUGGUAAUGCUGGAACACAUUCCCCUCUCCCAGCCUUUGAAUGGCAACUCGUUGCAACUCCUCAAACCACGGGCUCCGGACACCUUCAAUUACCUGAUGAUGCCAUCCUUGGUUCAUCCGGAAAACGUCGUCAUUCCUCUGUCCGUUGUAGCUCAUCCCCUAAAAGAGAUACGCUCGCUUCCCCCGAAUCCUCUAGAUUGCGCAUGAUACAAAUCAUACACAGUGAAGAAGCACGAGCAAAGUUCCGAACUUACCUGGUGUCGCAGUACUGCGAAGAGAAUUUGGACUUUUAUGUUCAAGUUAUGGAAUAUAGAGAAAUAUUCGAAGAAGUAGAAAGAUCAAUGCUAAAAGGAGAGGAAAGAGCAAUGAGGGAGAAAGACAUGAGACGAGAGGCUAUUAGCAUGGCUAGCUGCAUAUGGAAUUUAUAUUUGAACGACGAAAAAGCAAGUAAACCAUUAAACGUUCCCAGAGAGUUGAGCAAUCAUUGUCGAAGAAAUGUCGAAGAAGGAAACUACACUGUGGACUUGUUUGACAAACUACAACAGCAUUGUUUCGAAUUGAUGGUCCAAGAUUCUCUUCCAAAAUUCUCCCGUAGCUCAAUGUGCGGGGACAACUCGAAAUCAUCAAACAAAAAUUCACUACGAGCAAGCUUUUCAAAUAUUGCAUCAAUUGUAUCUCAAUCAGAUUUAGGGAUACGCACAGUGAACCUGCUCGCGCACGGGAGAGGUAUUCCCGAGAAACGACAACUUCCACCAUCACCCCCAUCACCAUCGUCUCAAUCAUCGUCUCAAUCAUCGUCUUCCUCAUAUCUGUCCUCGUCUUCGGUACAAUCCCACCAGCAGGGCGGAAUAUCAAUGGCUUCGUUUUCGAGUCUUACACGAAGAAUGUUGUCACCACGGAGAGAUUCCGUGUCAUCCAUAUCAUCACAGGCAAGUACAAUUGGAGCGACAGUUAGUACAAACACUUCAAGAAAUUCGUCAGCAAAUAAUUCUCCAAAGCUACAAGGAAUGCCUGGGUGUUAUCCUCCGCCGAGGGUUGGCUGUGCUAACAUACUGUCGGAAAGGAGUGAUAAUAAUAAUGAUGGGUUUGAAAGGGAGUACGACGUGUACGAGGUUGAAGCAAAGGACAAUGACAAUCAACAUCUUGGUGGUUAUUAUAAUGAAGACAGGCAUAAUUCACCUAAUGUUGUAUGCCAAAAACGUAUGAAUAACGUGCAUCCUGCGAUAUCAGAGUUGAGCGUCAACCUAAGACGCAAUAUGUCUGCUCCUAAUCUUCAUCUAAAUGUAGUUAGGCCGUCCUGGGUUCAUGGAGGAAAUUUAGAUAGGUCUUUUAUGGACAAGUCACUACCACCUACUCCUUCAUAG